ACCAGGCAUCAACUAGUCCUGUCUGUUUGGAUACACUACGCAUGCGCAGUGGCAAAUCGCCUUCACAAAUGCCGAUGUGGCUGCUGUGAUGUGAAACUUAUAUUUCUUCUGCAGGUUUAAGAGCCAACUGUUGCAAUGAAUCUUUUUAUACUGGUUUUAUUUUGUGUCUGCGGUUGUGUUACAGCACAGGAGGACGAGAGACUGCCGAAUAAAUGCGAAGUGUGUAAGUUUCUGACAGUAGAGCUGCAGGAUGCUCUGGAGAAAACUGGUCGCUCCAAAGAAGUCCUGGAGGUUGGAGAAGUGCUGGACACAGGCAAGAGAAGGAGAAAAAUAAAAUACAACACCUCGGAAACGCGGCUGACUGAGGCUGUAGACAACAUAUGUGAACGCAUCUUGCAGUAUAAUGUUCAUGCAGAGAGGCCUGGCAGCCUCCGAUACGCCAAGGGUGCCAGUCAGACCAUGACGACUCUGAAGAACCUGGUCCACAAAGGGGUUAAAGUGGAUUUGGGUCUGCCGUAUGAGCUGUGGGACGAACCCUCUGUAGAGGUGUCGGACAUGAAAAAACAGUGUGAGACGAUGCUGGAGCAGUAUGAGGAAGUUGUGGAGGACUGGUACUUCCAUCAUCAGGACCAGAGGCUGGAGAACUUCCUCUGUGCGAACCACGUCCUCAAGACAUCAGAGCAAGAAUGUAUAAAGGAGGUGUGGAAAGGAGACAUGGGGACCAAAGGAGGGGCCAAGGAGGCAGAAAACGACAGCACAGAAGAGGAGGGAGCGAAUGAGGAGGAUGGAAAGACGCACGACGCUGGGGAGCUUUGAGGAAAACAUUUUCAAAAAGAUAAAUGCAGAAGACAAUGGAAUAACCUCAGUUUUUAGCUUUUGGUGGGCAAACUGCAAAGAAAUCUUGUAUUGUGACACCGUUUUCACUUUUUAUUUCUGGUGCCAAAUCUUGGUUCAAACCUUUAGUACAGUUUACAUUGGGAGUUAUAAUAGUGUCAAAUAAUGCUUUAUAGACACUAAAUUUCUCCUGUUAUUUUUAUAUGAAUGAUGUCUAAGAACUGUAGCAUCUUUUUAAACACUCAGUUAUUUGGAUUAAGGUUUCAAGCCUUUACAAUGAAUGUUUGAGACUUCCACUGUUAUAUUAUGUGUAAACGCUGUUACAUCUCUCUCUAUACCAACACCAUAUGGUACAGUAUAGUCAGUAUUUUUGUACCCCAAAGUGCAGUCUUUAAAUGCAAUAUGUAUAGUUUUUUCAUUGUGAAUAAAAUGCUUUUUUUUUAAUAACA